AUGGGCUUCUAUCAAGGCAACGACGAUGACACUAACACCAAGGCUUUUAACGACAAAUAUAUCAAAGAUCAAAAGUUUGCAACGGCUCCCUUUUGGAACCUAUUCCCCAAGUUAAGGGAUAUUGAUGAAUAUGAUGACACACUCUUGCCGUUGCCCUUCAAAUUCAACUUUAGAGAUUUUGGUGAUAGUGCCUUUGCCAUGGCGUCCGGAAUCCCCACAGUAAAGCAAUUUGAUAAGUGCCAAGAACUAAAAGGCCAAUCCGCAUGGACUACGCAGGGAAUUUGGAAGUGUCUUGUCCCAACUAAGGCAAUCCCCCCACUUCCCAACCUGGACUUCCUCUUGCCCUUAGAGGACGUUCAAUCUGACAAGUCGCACUCCAGUGGAUUGUUCUUCAACGACUUUAACCUCUUUUUGAAAUGGAGGUCACACAUGAAUAAGCUACAAAAGCAAAGAAUCAAGGCCAGGACCACUGCCGUGGAACCUAUGGCUAAAACCCCGGAGGAUCUCAUGUUGAGUUGGGACGAUUUACAUCUGGGCAACGAUGCUGAAUAUGCUCCAGUAAAUGGAUCCAAGAAAAUUGUCGGAAGGGCACAGUCAAUUAACACCGUGAAGGACUCCAGUGAUGCUAGACCUAAUACCGUCAAAACUGAAAAAAUCUACUUUGAUGACGGUACGGUGGACAUUACCACCACCACUACCUCAAAGGGCUCCACACCCAAGGUAAAGCAUGAAGUUGUGAGCGUCGAGGAAGACAGAUAG